AUGGCGUCCGGCUCGGAUACCAAUGAUGAGCUCUACUACCUUCAACCUGAUUUUGACUUGAAUACGCUGACAGUGCCACGACUUCGGUCCAUCCUUGUGAGCCAUGAUAUCUCCUAUCCAGCGUCUGCGAAGAAAUCCCAGCUAGUUGCUAUCCUCGAAAGUGAAGUUAUUCCACAAGCUAAGAAACUGCUGCGUGAGAGAGAUCGGGUUCGAAGGACAAGCCGGGGCAUAACAAACAUGCCAUAUAACGGGUACCCCAGCGGCGAGCCAGAGGAGGAGGUUGAGGCGAUUGAUAGGCGACAGAGAAGCAGAUCGAGAGCAACGAGGUCGAGCACCAGGGCAUCCACUGCUGAAUCAGAAUACAGAGCCACUUCGCCUCUCUCUGCGGCGAAAAGGACAACCAGAGGCUCAAGCAAACAUCCGCGGUCGUCUGAUACCGAUAUGCCAGACAACUACGACAAUACCCCUUUGGCAACACCAAUACGGCCAAGUGGCAGGAAAUCAAGGAAGAGCGAGGUUUACCUUACCCCCCACGCAUCUCACUACGACAAUGUCGAAACUCCAACAGCCGUCAAGAGCGAGUAUACCGUGGAUACACCAUUCACAGAUGACAAUCCUUUCCAGGGCGGCAGCUCUCCAUUAAAUAGCCCCAAAUUCAAGUCACCGAACUCAGAGCACCGGCGGAAGAGCGGGAUAAGUCGCUUGUCUGAAGUUGAGGAGAGGAGGAGACGCAGAUCCGAAAUUCGAACGCCCGCUAGAGUGAAGCAAGAAGAGGAUAUACAGGUUCCCACGCGAUCGACAUUUACCUCACCAAUCUCUCAUUUUGAGGGAACGCCCCGAUUCGAGGAGUCAUCCGAUAUUGAGCCCGGAGAAGAGUUCACGCCUGACGAGCAGCUAGCGUUGGAUCAGGAACACGCCCUCAAUGGAAGACGAAGAUCUGUACUGAGGGCCCGACCUCAAAAUGAACGAAGUAAUGGCGGCAUAUUCGCGUCAUGGUUUGUCAUUCUAACGCUGCUGAGUGGUUUUGGCCUUUGGUGGCGGAAAGAAAAGAUCGAAAUAGGCUAUUGCGGCGUUGGCAAGGCACAUUGGUCCUUGGAAGACACAAAUGUACCGGCUUGGGCAAAUAUCAUUGAGCCACAGUGUGAAACAUGCCCUCAACAUGCCUUCUGUUAUCCCAAUUUCGAGGCCGGAUGUGAGCAGGGCUUUGUUCUUAAGGCUCACCCGCUGUCAUUAGGUGGCCUCGUACCUCUACCUCCCACUUGCGAGGCGGAUGGUGAAAAGGCCCGACGGAUCAAGGUGGUUGCAGAUAAAGCUAUCGAGGAACUAAGAACGCAGCGAGCGAACUUCGAGUGCGGUGAACCCGACAAAGAGACCGACGAAGUAGUAUCCACGCCAGAAGUCACUACUUCCGAGCUUCGAGAUAAAGUAGGCAGUCUUAGAAAGAAAGGAAGAUUGAGCGAGGAAGAAUUUGACGAUCUUUGGGAAGCCUCAAUAGGCGAGAUAACGGGGCGCGAGGAAGUUGUUGUCAGCACAGGUCCAUCAUCCAGCUCAGAUAUCAGAUUCGCAUCCACAUCUCUCGCAAAGCUCUCCUUCACCUGCUCCAUCCGAAGACACCUCAGACUCUCUCUCCUCGCGUAUCGACUCCCUAUUCUCAUUCUAACUCUGUGUUUCUUAUUGGCUGCAUAUAUCCGAUCACAUAUCUUAGCUGGGCGAACUGAUGCUGCCCGUGUUCCAUCUUUAGUUGGUAUGACACUAGACAGACUUGCUACACAGGCUGCUCUCCAUGCACGAGGUGAGGCAUUAGAGCCCUGGAUAUCUGUUGGACAACUACGUGAUGACGUAUUACGUGACGAGUUACGGGGCAGCCGCCGUGAGAAGCUGUGGAAGCGUGUUCGAGCAUUCGUUGAAGGCAACGCUAAUGUCAGGGCUUCAGUCCGUGAAAGCCGUGGCGGAGACGUCUCGAGAGUCUGGGAAUGGAUUGGUGGUGUAAGCGGUGUUGCGAAUGAGCGUGAGUUGGCUUCUCGUCGGGAGAGUUCGAAGGUCAAGUUCUCGCUGACACCGUCUUCCGAGAAUGUUGUACAUUCACCUGAUUCAGGCUCUAGGAGAGAAAACAAAAAAUGGGACGAAAGCAGGGCAAUAUAUUAA